GUCAAAUCGUUCAAACGAAAAUAUCCGGACCUGACACGUCGCACAAUGGACGCGUACGAACGAUCUUGGUUACAACAAGAGGGUCUUGUCCCGGUAGGUCGUGCGGAUCUCGGACUAACCGCGCUUCGUACCGAUGAGGUGAUGAAAUUGCUUCAGGAUGACUAUCCAGAAGUGCAUGCCGAGCUGAGUGAUCUUUUCCAACGGCGUCGUUUUCAACAGGCUGCCGAACUGCAAAAGCGACAAUACGAAGCUGCUCGCAUUGAACGCGGUGAAGCUCGGGCCGAGGCCGCGCGUCGACGUGCCCUGGACUCUGCGUCAGAUUUCAAUCAUCGACUGAUCGGUGCCCGUCUGACCACACGGCGAUGUUACUGGGACUUGCAAACCAUGCAAAUUCACUUCCCACAACGCCAGUAUAAGCUGAUCCAGUCGUCCACCGAGGAGAGUUCUGGUGGAGCUUAUCCGGUUGCAGUGAUUCCCGGUCAAUUCGCCGAGCACUUUGUCCGUUACACUCCGGAACAGUUAAUGCAUUUACCCCUGUCCCGUUGCAUCUACUCCCAACCGUCGCGUCGUCAUCGUGCUCCGCCCCCACUGCCCACACAACUGCGAUUCGGCUCGUUCACACCACGUCCGACCCCUAAUCCGGCGGAAGCGUUCAAAAUUCCGGGCUCUGAUGGUGGUACCAGCACCACCACGGCUGUGUCGACAACGACGACGACCACGGCCGAAAAUCGUGCCACACCGCACAAUUCCACCAAGGAGAUCAAACCUACUGGUGCUGAUCUUGACCGAUCCGCUGAGCACCAUCCAGUCACUUCAAGUCCUCGGCCGACUAAUUCAGGCUCACAACCGACAACGGGUUCGCCUAGCACGGCCGCCACAUCUGUCAAACCCGUGAAUGCAUCUACUGCGUCGGACCGUCGCGUGGAUCGUGCCAAAUCCACACUAGCCAACGGCUCGGCAGGUACGGAACCGAUUCCUUGUUCUGUUUGCAAACAAGAAGCCUCUCCGCCAUUUGUACGAUGUUCAGAAUGCAAAGUGGCCGGGCAUCCGAGGUGUUUCAGUCUGCCGGAUUCAAUGCUUCCCGGCGUACUAAGGUGA